GCUGAAAGGGGAAAUUAUUUCUAAGCUUUCUCUUUCCUUUUUAUUUGAAAGUCUGAGUCAAGACAGGAUUGUCUCUGCACUAAGUCUUUCUGUUUGGCUGGAGCCACAUUAAACUAUUUUUUAAUACUGAAAGAUUUCUAUUUUACAGACAGAAGGUGUUACUAUCAGUGUGUUAACCAUGGCAACAGAUCUGGCCUUAGUCCCUAUUGUUGUUCAGCUUCUUGUUGAUUUGGUGACAAGUGACAACAUCAACUUCUACAAUCUCAUGCCUGCCCUAGAAGCUACCCCGUACCCCAAGAGUUUCAAGUGCUUCACAUGUGAACAGGCCUCAGACAACUACAACUGUAAUCGCUGGGCAGAAGAUGUGUGGUGCCCUCGGAAUGCCCAGUACUGCAUGACAGUACAUCACUUCAACCAUCAUGGGAAGACAAAGUUUGUUACCAAAAGAUGUGCAGUGCAUGAAGAAUGUCUGUUAGCGGGCUGUAGAUAUCACAAAAAUGGACAUCACAUAGAGUGCGUAUCUUGCUGUGAAGGGAUGGUUUGUAACAUAGAACUGCCAACCAAUCACACUAAUGCAGUGUUUGCUCUGAGCCAAACCCGCAACUCAGUGGCACCCACAUUCAGGACCUGGGAUUCUGUGUUCCUGCUGAUCCCAUUUCUCACUGGACUGUUACCAUUUUGAUACUCACUCUUAAGAACCUGUUCAGUGAUGAACAGUAUACAAAAGAAUGAGUCUUUGCCACGGAGACAGCAUCCACCAUGGAAUAUUGCUACAUCUGUCAUGGGCAAAGUCUUCAGCGGGAAAGACUACAAAUGAAAUGGAAGACAUGAUUUGGACUAUGAAAAGAGAAAGCCAGUCAGCCAAUUGUGGAAGCACUGUGUACUGUCCUAUCUGAUUUGAUCUGUUAAUGGAAUACUAUGUGCUAAAUAGGACAAGAAAACUGACAUUUAGCUGCUAAGGCAGAGGAUGUUUCUUGUGAUGCUUAACUGGAUUUGUAUUGACCAAAUUGAGGCUUAAACUGAGCAUAGAAAACCUCUAUACGGGUAGGACAGACUUGCUUGAUGGCUCUGAUCCCAGAUUCUGUCAAACAACCCAAGCACAGCAAUGAGAAGGCGUGGAAUGCAUUGUUCUAGUUUUUGGAACAAAAGCAGAAGUCUCUAAAAGAGAUCUUGAUAGCUGCAUAAAUAUCUCAAUGCUUUAAAGGCAUAGUUCACCCAAAAAUAAAAAUUAUCUUAUAAUUUACUCGCCCUCAUGCUAUGUUUACAACUUUCUUUCUUCUGCACAACACAAACAAAGAUUUUUGGAAGAAUAUUUGAGCUGUAGGUCCAUACAAUGCAAGUGAUUGGUCACAAAGGCA